GCGGGCCUGGAGGAUGUCCUGGCGCCAUGUUUGUUUAUGUCAGUGUUUGUGUGAGGGAGUGAGGAAGCCGGUAACUGUCAGCGGGUUUCACGGUGACCCCGCCUCUGGGAGCUGCCGCCUGUCCUGCCGCCUUGCUCUCACACAGUUCCAGGGUGUCUGUCAGUGUGACCGGUAGCAGGAUCCAUGCUGUGCUCCAGGUAAACCUCCAUCCCCGGCUGUGUGUCUGUCCUGAGUGGGGUAUUCACUAAACGGCGAGUUUAUACCGCUCAAAAUAUUUAUAUUGAAUGGCAAUGUGGGUGUAAUUUAGCUACAGCAGCUCUCUGCCACUCCAGAGGUUAUUCCCCCCCACCCCACAAUAUUUAUAUUGAAUGGCAAUGUGGGUGUAAUUUAGCUGCAGCAGCUCUCUGACACUCCAGAGGUUAUCCCCCCCCACCCCCCCAUAUUUAUAUUGAAUGGCAAUGUGGGUGUAAUUUAGCUGCAGAGGCUCUCUGACACUCCAGAGGUUGUUAUCCUUACUGGCAUUGGAAAUGGGGUUCUGUGCUGUUCCCAGAAGGAGAAUGGGGAAUGCAGUGCUAACGUUUCUACCCUGAUACUUUCCCAUUUAUUAAACAUUAUAUCUAGUCUGUUGUGUUCUAACCAACACAGACCUGAUGGAUACAUUGACCUGAUUAUUGGAUCACCUGACAAGUCCUCAAUAUAAUAAUAAUGAUGAUGAUUAUAUAGCACCAUCAAAUUCCGCAGCGCUUUGCAGUGGGUGGACGAACAGACAUGUAGUUGUAACCAGACAAGUUGGACACACAGGAACAGAGGGGUUGAGGGCCCUGCUCAAUUAGCUUACAUGCUAGAGGGAGUGGGGUAAAAUGACACAAAAAGGUAAGCUUAGUAUUAGACUAGUGACAGUUGCAGAAGAGGAAUCAGUCAGGAGCUAUUAACAGUUUAAUUGAUACGCUUUUAUGAAGAAGUGGGUUUUUAACUAUUUUUUUGAAGAAGUGGAGACUGGGUGAGCAUCUAACGGAGGAGGGAAGCGAGUUCCACUGGAACGGUGCAGCCCUCGAGAAAUCUUGAAGGCGAGCAUCAGAGGUGGGAGUACGGACAGAAGAUAGACCUAAGUCUUCAUCAGAUCGUAAGGGCCUAGACGGGACAUACUUGUGUAUAAGGGAGGAUAGAUAGGUGGGAGCAGCAUUAUGUCGAGAUUUGAAAGCAAGAACAAGAUUUUUAAAUUGAGCUCUAUAUUUUAUAGGAAGCCAAUGUUGGGACUGACAGAAGGGUGAGGCAUGGGAGGUGCGGGCGGACAGGAAGAUGAGCCUCGCCGCUGCAUUCAUUAUGGACUGUAACGGCGCUAGUUGGGAGCACGUAAGACCACUGAGAAGCGGAUACAGUAGUCAAGGCGAGAAAGGACAGUGGAAUGGACCAACACCUUAGUCGCAUCUGGCGUUAAGUAGGGGCGGAGGCGUGCAAUGUUUUUGAGAUGGAAAUUACAGGAUUUGGCGAUAGAUUGAACAUGAGGCUUGAAGGAGAGGUCGGAGUCAAAGAGAACACCCAGGCAGCGAGCCUGCGUGGUGGAGCUGAUGGUAGCACCGUUGACUUGGAGGGAGACAGACACAGGAGUAACAACACUUGAGGGAGGAAAGACCAGAAUUUCAGUUUUGGUCAAGUUUAGUUUAAGGAAGUGGGCAGCCAUCCAGUUAGAAACAGCAGAGAGGCAGUCAGAGACACUAGUCAAGAGGGACGGGAGAGAUCAGGAGAGGACAGGUAGAUUUGCGUGUCAUCUGCAUAGAAAUGAUAUUGGAAGCCAAAGGAGCUAAUGAGUUUACCAAGGGAGGCAGUAUAGAUGGAGAACAGUAGGGGACCAAGGACUGAACCUUGGGGGACACCAACAGAGAGGAGUUGGGGAGAAGAAGCAGAGCCAGAGAAAGAAACACUGAAAGAGCGCUGGGAGAGGUAGGAGGAGCACCAGGAGAGAGCAAUAUCUUGUAGACCGAUAUUGCUGAGGAUGAGAAGAAGCUGUUGAUGAUCAACAGUGUCAAAAGCCGCAGACAGGUCAAGGAGAAUUAGGAUAGACUAGUGACCACAAGAUUUUGCAGCGAGUAGAUCUGAUUGUCACAUUUUAGCCAUCACUGCUACUUAAAGUUUUAAAAAUAACUUUACACCCAUUGUAUUUAAUACAGGUUUAUUGAAUCCACAGGCAAAGCACUGGGCUUAAGUGAGAUGUUGAAUUUUUUUUGUAAUCUUUAAUAAAGGUGGUCUGUUGCUUUACUGUAAUCUUUUUAGGAUAUUCGCGGGAAAGGUUUAUAUGUUCUCGUGUGUGUGUGUUAGGAAGUCCUGGCCUUGCUGGGUAAGAUUAUCUUGAAUGUAAACUGUGUGUUGACAAUGUGAGUAUCUCAGUUUUUGUUUCUGUGAAUGUGUGAAAACCAGAAUGAACAGAAUUACUUAUCUUGCACACUGACGAUACUGUCCAUAGAAGUUUAUUUGGUACUUUCUUUUUCAGUUUGUCAGAGUUCUUCAAGGUUCUGUUAAAGGAACACUCCAACACUACAGUGCACUGAAACCCUCAUUGUAAAUAGUCACUUUUAGAACGCUUUUGAUACCUGUCAGUCAAUGAGCUAAGCCCUGCACUGCUAGGCUUAAUUUGGUAGUGAUAGGCAGCGGCAUGCUGGCAGACCCCAGGUAAAAUGUCAAACUGUUCUAAAAUGGUUUCAGUAGGUAGGUACCAGGGCAUUCAUGAUACCAUAACCACUACCAUGUGGUGUAAUCAUUAUGGUUAUUAGUGUUUUUCACUACAGCGUGAAUUCGUGGGAAUUUAAAUUCACAUUUUGGGCCUAACUAGUUAAAAUGGAAACAUAACUAACUUUGUGAAUUUUUCCAGUUUAGCUGUUUUGACAUAAAAUUUGCAAGUCACAGCAGUUUGCACUUUAUUGAAUUGUACUUGCCUAAUAGCCCCCUGUCCAGUAUUCCGCAUGACAAGGCAUAAUAAGUUCCUGCCACCACUUUUUUUUUUUUCACACACUUUCUCUAUAUACCUACCAAUUCCAAUGCAUGUAUUAAAGUCUACCUGUCAUGCCUAACUUGAUUGGUCACUUGUGAAUGUAUAAUGAAUAGGACGUCCUUAGCCAUUACAUUUAGCCAUUGGCUAUAACUGUGUACACAGCAGAACCUGUAAAAUAUUUUGUCCAGCUAAACAUGUACAAUAGUCAGACAUGCCAAUUGAUAGUGCAACAAAUGCAUGCUUGAGGGCUCCAUGUAAAAUAUGCAUUCUUUUAAAUAUUGCGUUAAAGGACCACUCUAGGCACCCAGACCACUUCAGCUUAAUGAAGUGGUCUGGGUGCCAGGUCCUUCUAGGGUUAACCCAUUUUUUUUAAUAAACAUAGCAGUUUCAGAGAAACUGCUAUGUUUAUGAAUGGGUUAAGCCUUCCCCCUAAUCUUCUAGUGGCUGUCUCAUUGACAGCCACUAGAGGCGCUUGCGUGCUUCUCACUGUGAUUUUCACAGUGAGAGCACGCCAGCGUCCGUAGGAAAGCAUUGUAAAUGCUUUCCUAUGCGACCGGCUGAAUGCGCACGCAGCUCUUGCCGCGCGUGCGCAUUCAGCCCAGGAGGAGGAUCGGAGGAGGAGAGCUCCCCGCCCAGCGCUGGAAAAAGGUAAGUUUUAACCCCUUUUCCCCUUCCAGAGCCGGGCGGGAGGGGGUCCCUGAGGGUGGAGGCACCCUCAGGGCACUAUUGUGCCAGGAAAACGAGUAUGUUUUCCUGGCACUAUAGUGGUCCUUUAAGGGACACUUUUGCUUGGUAUGUGGUGGCCUGGGGGUGCAUAGGAAGUGACUUAUACUUGCCUGAUGCCCCACCGUCUUCUUUAUUCAGCUCCUGAUGCUUUAUCCACCAGGAGCCCAGAUCAGUGAGGUACUCGAGCAUGUGCCAGAGUACAACACUGAUGUCUUGGGAGAAUUCUGCUGGAGUUUCCAUAGAUAUUGUCCUGCGUUGAGCAAAAUGAUGCUCCUUUCCCACAUCCAUCACUAGUGCAGAUUAAGCAACAGCGCAGACGCAAAAAUACAGUUUUUUUUUUUGGUUAUUUUUUUAUUAUUUUACAAAACUACUUAAAGGGACACUAGUCACCAAAACCACUACAGCUUAAUGUAGUUGUUCUGUUGUCUAUAGCCUUUUAAUGUAAACAAUGCCUUUUCAGAAAAAAAGCAGUGUUUAUAUUGCUGCAUAGUAACUAACACCUGUAGUUUCCACUGGUUAGAUGGCUACAGGAGGUGCUUCGUGGGUCAGUGCUGCACAGUUUGCACAACUGGAGUUAAGCAUCUCCACACUCUGCAUAGAGAUGCUGAACGCUCCCCAUAGAGAUGCAUUAAUGAAGACAUUCUAAUUGGUGCAGUGUGGCAUUUGCCACUGUACCCCAAUAUUGGUGGGCCCUACACUAAUUUUAACAUUGGAGGCAAACAACUGCUUAAAUAGUGACCGUGUUAAAUUAAUAUAAAUUAAAUUAAUCCAUUGUAAAUGCAUUCUUAAUAUAGAUCACUCAAAACACAAGCAAAAGCAAUCAAAAUAUAAAGGGACAUAAUUAAAGUGAGUGCUUUUUAUGAAUAUGUGAACAAUGCAUGUAAUAAUUCUGCUAGUUAUCAUAUAAACAAAAAACUAAUUUGAGUAUAUUUUGGAUACCAACAUCGCCUUAACAAUAUUUGUGUUUUUUGUGUGUGUUUUAAAGAGGGGGAAGGGUGGAGUGGGAGUCCACUCAUGCAAUUCUCAACAGUGGUGCUGCCAUAAAGACCAACAUUUAUACAAACUACAGAUUAAGGAACAAGACACACAAAAAUCCAGUUCUGGGGGAACUGACAAAACAUGACACCAGUGUGACGAGACCAAUCUCGCCACAUUGCAUUGGAGAAGCCCGGUUGCUCGCCUGCUGCCUCUGGACUAUGGCCCCCUUUUAAAAGACUUUAUUUCGCCUGGAGAAAAGCUGUAUUUGUGCUUUUCUGCCAGUUGUUCGGUAGAUUCAAUCUACCGAACAACCGCACGAAUGAAAAGACCACCUGGGAGCUGGAGUGUGCCGGCAAUUAACCUCCCUGAAGCUGCGGUUAACCGCAGCUUAAUUGACGAAUGCUGGGUGGCCGCCAUUCGUAUCCCGAACACGAGGUCGCGGCCAUUUUAAACAUACGAAUGCACAGCGGUGUUCGCCCCUAUUUUCAUGGAACUAAAAUCGGACACAGUUUUGCGCGAACACCGCUGAAGCCGCCGACCUCCCUUCUUGUUCGGUGGAAGUGCACGAACGGCCCGGUGUUCGGUAGUUUUGGUUGAAUGUGUUAUACCCCAGAUAGGAAUCCCAUGGAGCCCAUUCGUAUGAAACUGACUGUAAAGACUUUGGCUCCAUGGCGAUUAAACUGUAUUCGUGUGGUCUGAGCGCCAUUCGCUUAAUAAUGUGCACUCAGACCUGAGCUAUCUGGGGAUAUGUUACAUGUCUGUUUUAUGUAAUAAAUGUUACUUUAUGUAUUUUAAAGUAUAAUACUGGUUUUGUAUCCCCACAUGUGUAAUGGAGUUUUGCCUUUGUCUUGGGAGAUAAUUUAAUUACUUCCCAAUUAUCUCCCAGGGCAGAGGGGAGGAAGCCAGGAUGCAUUGUGGGAAUAUAUUGUGACUGUGUGUCCUAUUUGUCUACUUGUCUGUCUUUUGUCACAGUCUCCCAUUUGGUCCCCUAGGGGAGUGUCCACCAGGUGGGAGACCUGCAUAAAUACUGGGCAGGUAGCCCUCAUUAAACAGACCACUGCUUGACCCUCAACACGGAGCCUUGUCUCGUCUUUGGGGGGAUUUACUGUAUGCUGCUAAGGACUGAUUGCCAGGAGUGUAAGCCGCUUGGGAGCUUUUCCUGUUCAUCUGGUAGCAGCAAUUCGUAUGGUUCCUGUUUGUGUAUUUGGAGUGCUACCUUAUUCCCUUGUAUGCCGUUCGGGAGUUUGGAGCAUUCACUUGUAUGCAGUUCGAGUGUUUGGAGCAUUCACUUGUAUGCAGUUCGAGUGUUUGGAGCAUUCACUUGUAUGCAGUUCGAGUGUUUGGAGCAUUCCCUUGUAUGCCGUUUGUUUGGAGCAUUCCCUUGUAUGCCGUUUGGGAGUUUGGAGCAUUCACUUGUAUUCAGUUCGGGAGUUUUGGUGAUUCUACAGUAGCUGUGCCUGUCUCUGAAAGGGGAUUAUCGUCUAAGCGUUUUUUUUCCCUUUUGUGCAAAACGGUCCGUUACAACCAGUAUCUCUCCCUCUUGCCAAAUUUGGCUAGCAGAGUUAAAGUACAUAACACAGUUGUUCUUACUUUUUCUUAUAUCGUUUGACUAUUGGAAUGUCAGUUUUUGCACUUUGUAGAUUAAAGGGAUGCUAUAGGUACCUAGACCACUUAAUCUCAUUGAAGUGCUCUGGGUGCAGUGUCCCUGUCCCACGUAGUCUUGCAAUGUAAAACAUUGCUGUUUCAGAGAAAUUACAAUGUUUAUAUUUCAGUACUUAGACUGCCUCUAUAUUUGUAACACCAAAGUGUUUAUAAAAUGGAUACAUUUAUUUGAAUAUCUUAUUUCUAUCUGUCUCUUGUCUGCAAGACCGUAAGUAAUUUCCAUAUAAUUUGACUUUAAGGAAAUGAGUGCUAAGAUAAGCUUGAAGCCUUUCCAGUGCCCAAGAGAAUCCAACGGUCUCUCUUCUGAAAAUCAGAUACAUCUAAGGUAAUGCCCGCAAAAUCAGCCUUAUUGUUGUGUUUAUUGAAUUUUUAAUUCUACAUUUGCCGAUUUUAUACUGUAAAUUGCUUGGAAUAAACUGGGCAAUCCAAUUUACAAAGGGAAGUCGCUGGCAACCUUUUAAUGCACCUUAAUGCGGCACUGCCAUGCCGAAUUUACCUGUCUUUAAUAGAUUAUUUUUCUCUCCAUCUGUCAGGAUCUGUUCUUAAUUUCUUCCUGUCUGCUCUAGUUUUCUUUAAAACAUAAGACAAAGUAGGGAGGUUUCUUACGCGUGACCAGCGGAGGAGCAAAGUGUGCUUCUAUUCCGGAGAUCAAAGCAAUUUUCCCACAAUUCUCACAUUUGAUCCGUGAUCUUGCGUUGCUUCCUGUCUGUAUUCCCGAACGUCCGAAUUUCGUCCUAACAGAAUGAGAACAGUUUGUUCAUUCAUGGUAGGAGGCAAUUUGGGACUUUGUUUGGAUCGGAAAUUCCAUUCUAAUGAAUGAAACUCCGAUCCUAUUCGUGCUGCGGCUACAUCUUGCAGCCGCUUAGUAGGUCACUCCCUAAUUCCCACAGAAUCAGGGAGCUAUCUACCAAGAGACUAAAAAUUACUUAGUAUUAGUAAAUAAUCUGCCCCUACUCGCUAUGCUGUGAGUAGGGGCAUGUCUAGUAAACAGUGAGCAGCCAGAGGCUGCUCACUGUUUUAAAAAACCAAACCUUAGUGUCCACCCUUGCCGCGCAAGUGGGGGAUAUUAAACUGAACGUGGGACCUGUUGCCCCCGGCCCCCACCCAUGAGCGGCGGGUGGGGGCCCUAAAUAGAGUAAGGGGCAGGGGGAGUCUAUUGUCAUGUCCCGACCCCUGAUCGACGGGUGGGGGCCCUAAAUAACAAUAAGGGGGGGAGACACCUAUUGUCCUCCCCUGCAAACCACACCGCUGAGCGGCGGGUGGGGACCUAUUGUCUUUCCCUGGACGGCGGGUGGGGGCCCUAAAUAACAAUAAGGGGGAGGGGAGACCUAUUAUCUCCAACCAAUCAUAGUGCUCUGUGUCAUUUUACACAGCGUGGAAAAGUUCUUUGGAUCACCGGAAACGAAGCACACUUUGCUCUUCUGCUGGUCAGAGAUGGUCAGGCGUAGGAAACCUCCAUAAGACAAAGUAGUCUCUACUUUGUCUUAUGUUUUAAAGAAAACUAGAGCAGACAGGAAGAAAUAAAGAACAGAUCCUGAUAGAGGGAGAGAAGAGGAAUCGAUUAAAGAAAGCUAAGUUCAGCAUGACCGUGCCGCUUUAAGGUGCCGUUGACCCUAUUAUAAUGCUUUAAGAUAGUUCUGUUUUUGAAGUUCCUUCAUUUGCUGCUAACCCCCAGGAUUAAAGCUGCAGAGAGUUUUGUAAAUCAUUGUAGGUAUAAGCAGCCGUGUAUAGGCGAUAAAAUAAAAGAAUAUAGCAUAAGUGAUUACCUGUAAGUGCUGGGUCCCUUUUUUUUAGCAUUGAGUACAGUUCUGCUAAUGCACGUUCAUCACAGGUUUCUCAGUCUAAUGCUUUAUUUUUGUUAAAUGUAGGUGGAAUAUUUUUAUAACUGGGUCUGCUUGCUUAAGUUCAUGCUUAUUGGAGUGUUUACAUUAUCUAGGCAAUAUAUAUAGAUCUCUCUGCAUUAUCAAAUCCUGUGCCAGAUGGUUUCUUGAGGGUUAUCAAGCUCUACCACUAUAUCUUUAUACCCCUAUUCUUCGUGUCAUGUUAGCAAUACACCUAUUUUUAAAUAUCACUUCUUGAUGUGAAAGGUGACGUUACUUUCAUCCCAAUUCAUCCCUUUCUUAAAGGGAUAUUGACACAAGGCUAGGGCUGUAAUUUUAAUGAACCCAUGCUAAUUUAUGCUAAUCACCCUAGUAGGAAUCCUUUAAGGGUCUACAUUGGCAGAUGGUAAAAUUAGUCUUUACCGAAUAAACUCCCACACAUCUGUUUCUCAAAAAAAUAAAUUACUCUCCUAAACUGUGCAGCAGAAGUUUAGCUAGCCGUUAAUGCAUUACAAUGUAUCUUUGAAAUAGAUUUUGAAUAGCUUUUCUUCUAUGUAUGAUUUUUAUUAUUAUUAUUAUUAUUAUUAUGUAGUGUAUGUAUCUGUGUAUAUAUAUAUUUAUUUUUUUCCCCUUAGGAAUAUGUCAAAUCGAGUACUACCACUUAAUUUUCCUCCCUCUAAAAUGGCCCUUUGGGAUUCAACACCCAGGGGGGAUCCUAUUGGUUUGCAUAUCAGUUAUUACAGGUAUAUAAGAUUUCAUCCUUCCAAUUAACUGAGUGUAAAAAUAAUUAUGAUUGUCUGGGAAUAUAUCUUAAGUUUUUAGUCCAGAAAUUAGUUUCAUAAUGUCUAAAUUUAUCAGUCUUUCAAGGUUUUUUUCAUGGUAUGAUUUUUGUUUUAAUGAAAAUUCAGGCACAAUGUAUUGAAGUUUUUUUUUUUUUUUUAAAAACACAUCACUGGGAAGAAAAGAAUUAGAGGGAAGAAAAAAAAACCCACCCAAUUACUUCCUUUGUAUUUCUAUGUUGUCGAUGUGAUGCCUUAGACAUCCGUGGGUAUUCCUUCAGUAGUGCAAUACUCGCUCAAAUGACAUGUGUUUGGCACUGUAGGGUAUAAAUUUAAUUUACAUGCAAUGUCUAGCACUUCAUCUAAAGAGUUCAAAGAAAAAUGUAGAAUUUUAAUAAAUAAACCCAGAGCUAAUGUUUAACAUUGGUAUUUAACUAUAGAACAAGUUAUCAAAAUAUGUUCUGUGGUUUCCACAAAGUUAUAAAACUUAGAAAUAAAGGAACAUUCUAAUUAGAAAAAGUAUUUAUUAUUUUUUGGUUUGGGUAUUAGUGCUGGAAGAAUCUGUUUGCUGUGUCUUUGACCUGCUUCAUAUGAAUUUAUCAUUACUGACAACUUGUGUCAAUUCAGAUGCUUCUCCUAGAUGGGUAGAUGGGCAACCAUGGUACCUGUUGCUACUCUAGAAGUGCUCAUUUAUUCUUUGAUAUACCGAUCAUUGCAUGAAGCAGGAAACAAAUAGACUUUUGUACUUCUCUCUAUUUCCCCACCCCUCAAUUUUCUUGUGCAUUUUGCAUCUUAAAGGGGCACUAUAUUGGUAUCAAAACAUAUUUUGCUUAAUUAAGCAGUUAUGGUGUGUAUAUGGUCAAUUCUGACAUUUGAGUUAAAUCACUGUUUACGCAGCCCUAGCCACACCUCCAUGUGGCUUACCAAGCAUUCCUAAACACUUCCUGUAAUGAGAUCUAAUGUUAAUACUUCCUUUAUUGCACAUUGUUUCCUUUUAGAACUUAUGCUUAUGAUAUGCUUAUCAUACAGGAGCCUCCUGUGUGUGAUUCAUGUUUACAAUUUACAGAGUUAAUGUGUAAAGAAAGUUAAGAUCUUAUUUGAAACCAUUUUUUCAUGUCAGUCACGGCCAGGAGAAGGGUGGCUAGGUCUGCAUAAACAGAAACAAAUGUGAUUCUUCUAAAUGGCAGAGAAUUGAGUAGUGGGAUUGCAGAGGUAUGAUCUACACACCAAACUGCUUACUUUGAGCCCCUUAAUGAUUAUACUCCCUCACUUGCCACAUAUCCUUUAUAUAUUCACUUUUAUUCUUUGCACUGGAUCUCAGUACCUGAGUGCCGCCAUUUUGUUCUCAUUUGUUCAUGCUGUUCGUCUUGUGGGGGGGAUUCAGACACAGGAAGCUAAAUAGAAGGGCAUUUGAUGACAUUAUAUAUUUGGUGACAGAUCUGCUUUUUUAGAGUUUUGACUAAAUCAAAACUGUUUAUGAUGUAUACUGUCUGAUACCAUGUUUGUUUCUGAAUGGGCUAGAAAUCCCAAGCUGUUGGUGUCUGAGAAGGCUCUGCGGCUCUCCUAUCGCCAUGCCAAAUCCGAGAGAAGGCUGUUUUCCUGUUUCCUACUCGGGUCUUUUACUGUGGAUGAAGGUCUGUGUUUAUGAAUGCUCUUUUGCUUUCACUAGUAAAGAAAUGUUUUAAAACAGAAAUGGCUCUUGUGGAGUCUUUGCAUUAUUUUUUUCCCUGUCUGAAAGAUAUAUCCCAGUUCUGAUCUUGUGGUGCAAUAAAAUGGCAACAUGUGGUGGCCACUGAUAGAAACUCUGGCCACUUCCACAUUAUGCUAAAUAGUGUUUUAUUCAUCAAAUAAAGUAGUUUUUUUUUUGUUUUUUAUAUAUCUUCUGAAAGUAUUGAAAUUUUUUUUUUUUUAAGGUUACAGUGAAUUUUAAAUAUACUUUUCGCCCUAAACUAGUGAUGGAUGUUCUUGCCUAUCCUGAUAUUUAUUAAUUACGUUAUCUCACUCAGAUAGGUAUAGCCCCCAGUGCCCCAAAAUACAUUAAAAAUGUUAGACUCCCUUUCUGACCAAAUCCUGUUUACCUUCGUAUCGUUGCAUUUUUUUUUGCAUCAAUGUUACAAUUAAAAUUCCGAAAUUGUUUUUUUUUGUUUGUUUUUUUUUGUUUUUUUAAACUACUUGAUCGCGCACAUUUUAGAUGCUAUCUGAAACUGCAAUUGUUUACGUGCAGAGCCCAUAUUUCCUGUAUUUAUUUAAAUACAUAUAUAGGAUGAAGUUAUUUGUUUCCAUCAAAAAUGUUUUGCGAUUUCAGCCCAUGUUGGAUAGUUCUGGAAAAUUACUAGGAAGUAAAAUCUAGAACAUUUUGUGCAGAAGUAACUUAGCUGAAGUGAGCAACUGUCUGUUCAUACCCAUUGAUUGUGUGUAAUUGUCCAAUUAGAUAUUUUUGUCUUAAAUUGUUACCUUUAUUGCAAUGGACUAACAAGUUAAAGGUCUGUAUAGCCUUAAAACAAGAAUAUCCCUCUCAUGACUCUGGAAUGUAAUUUCUGGAAUUAUUUCUUUUAGAUGAGGAAGGCAUUACUUUAACUGUUGAUCGAUUUGAUCCUGGCCGGGAGAAGAUCUCUGGUGGUGGCAAAAUUCCAAGUACUCUGCUCCCUGGAGAUUUUGUUAUACCCUGUUCCAUUGUCAACAGAGAACAUUCAGGGCCUCUUGCUGUGCAUACUCCAGAGGAUUUUAAAUCUUCAUUUAUGGUAAAUUUUAAGAGGAGUUUUUUAUUUUAUUUAUUAUUUAUUUAUCCAAUCUCCCCUUUGAAAAAUAAAUAAAAUAAAACAGUCUUUACAAGCUGUUUACUGUCUGUUAUUAUUAGACCUUUACGUUUUGAAACGUCUAGUCUUCCUUUCACCAUGUUUUUUUUAAUGUGUAAUGAUUAACCUGAUAAAGUGUCUCCAGGGACACUAUAGGCACCCAGGCCACUUCAUCUCAUUGAAGUGAUCUGGGUGCAGUGUCCCUGUGCCCUAUAGUCCUGGAGGAGGGGCUUACUCAGAGAGACGGAGGAACAGAGGGUACUAUGGUGUAAGGAAUACAACUUUUGUAUUCUUUACAUUAUACAAUCCCUUUAAGGUACAUCAGGGUAUACUGGCAAAACAAUUGUUCUUCGAACUGAAUCCCUGAUAAGAGAACUCUAAGCAUCAGUAGUUGUACUGGUUUUUGUGCCAGGAUUGUCCUGGUGCUGUCUCACUGUCAUUAUUGAAACAGUUUUUAGUGCAAUUUCAUGGUUUACCUGGCUCCCCAAAUGGUCAUGCCACAUUGGGCCUUAUUUUCAAGAAAAAGCUAAAUGUCACUGUAGAGUGACGACUGACCGAUGUGGGAUGGUGCUAAUUGGCUGAAAGCACUCAGCUGAUCCUGUCCAUCAAUAAACACAGUCCUGCAUUACACCUACUUAAUUCUAUAGGUCUGCAGGUAAGUUGUCAAACCAUAUCUGUUUAAUUUCUCAUGAUGAUUGUACAUGCUCUUGGCCUAUUUAACAAUGUCUGAUAUAAAUAAUUUAUUUGAAGGGAAAAAGAAAAACUAAAGUAAAUCAGUUUGACAAUUAUUGUGAAACGGCGCUAGAACACUCCUGGCUCCCUAACUGCUACUGUGAGCUGCAAUGGUUGAGGUGCUUGGAGGGUUCUUUGAACCGUGAGAUCCAGGGGUGCAUAUUCGCUGAACAAAAGAAACCUGAAAUUGUGGAGAACUGAGUAGGGCACUAAUUCUUAACCUAUUCUAUGAAAGAGGCACAUCAUGUACUUAGCAUUAUCUUGGUCACUCAUCCUUAAGGUGCAGAAAUAGCUCAGUGAACUAUUAAUUAUAGCAUAAUGAGCGUUUUUAGCCCUCUUUAGGAUCAUACCCGUAUCAGAUGGUCUCCACUCCUCGGGAAUGCAAUGUAGAUGCAGUAAGUAGCUCAUUGUGAGCAUUAUGGCCAUGAUGGGCCUGUUACUUAAAAUUAGCACGGGGUCCAUUUUGUGUUCCUACUUGCUAGUUAAUAACAACUGGACCAAUUCAUUGUUGCAAAUAUCUCUCUCACUGUCUUUUUAUAUUUAUAUAUUUGAGAAGUCUUUGAGCAUAGAAACUCAAUGAAUCCUGUUAAUAAAUAAACAUAAAUAUGUGUAUUGAAACUUCUAAUGCCAAGAUGCUCAACCACACUGUGUAUAUGUGAUAACUUUUUGAGUGUAAACUUUUUUUUUUUUAUUAUUAUUAACCUGAUUGUUUUGUGUGAAAUAUUUGUUCUUCCUCCAGUGUUUUUUUUUUUUUUUGCACGUACAAAGCUGAUGUCAUUUCAGGAUGUCAAGUAGGAGAGAGGAGGUGAAAAUUACCAUUGUUGGGCUCUAAUUGUAUUGUUUGUCAGAUGAAAAAGAAAUGCAUGUAUUUUUUGUUUUUUUUGUUUUAAGGGCCUGCAGAGCCAUCUUCACAGCAAAGAAGCCUUGGAUGUCUCUAAAUUGCUGAUUACGCGAGCACAUAUCACUUACACAGAAGACAUGGACAAUGUUCACUUUGAUCUUCACUGGGCGGCAAUCACGGUAGCGAAUACAUUUGAAAGUACUCCCGUCAAGCCUCUCCCAAUUAUCCCCACAGCCCUAGCCAGGAACCUGAGCAGUCACAAUAAUAUUGCACAGCUUCAAGGAACACACAAAUGCGGGUAAGUUCCAUUUAUUUUGAGUGUUCUUUAAUAUAUCAAAAUAAUACUAGUUUGUUUCAACUUUACAAAUGCUUGUGGUUAUGGCCUUGUUGCAAAGUGAUAUUUAAAGUACUUGUUUGUUUCCAUUUUCACAAAAUGCUUCUUUUUGACCACUGAUGUAAUAUAAAUUGAAUGCAUCUGCACUGAACUCUAAAGACAAACUUCAUGUGAAAGUUUAUUAUGCUCGCUCUUGUACAGUCUGGUUUUAACCCUUUUGAGUAUAUUUUUAAAUCCUAAUGUUGCCAUGUGGUACUGCUAUAGUGCUUGCAAACAGCAUUUUGGUAAUAAUUGGGCUUUAAGCAAUGUGUAUACCUUAUGCACAUCUACAUCUUUUUUCCUGUUUAAAUCUACCAAAUUUACCUAUAACAAACAAACGCUAUUAUACUUUACUGAAAGAGAGGUGUGUGUAAAAUUGUGGCCGUAGAUGUUGCAAAUCCACUGGAGAUUUUCAGUUUCCAAGGUUAUUACAAUGCAUCACAUUAUGUUAGUACAUUCAGAUAAUCUAAUUACUGACAGUAAUGGACGCUGAACACGCUCUUCAGAAUGAUGUCUUAUAAUUUUUUUUAUUUGAUCGUGUUUUGCUAUGUUUAGUAAGUCAGAGCUCAAAAUUUCUACUCACCACUAGCCUUUUAAAGAGUAGAAUAUUCUGCCCUGGUAAGUGUCGUGGACCCUCUGGGCUUGCCAUGUCAAGUAACUUUUUUAAGGCCUUGGCUAAUAGUGAAAGAUUGGAUACUUGGUAUAAGUUAUAGGGGGAAUUAAACAGACAUUUUAAAGGGUCACUCUUGGAAUUAACACAAGUACAAUGGGCACUCUGGCCAUUGUAAACACUACAUGCUGUAAUGGUUAUGGUGCUAUGAUACUCCAGGUGCUGCCUUCUUGUAGUCUGUUUAAAACCAUUUAUUUUCCUUGUUGUCCGCAGUCUGCAAUUCUUCUGGUCUGGGCUGGGCUGGUAAAUGAUGCUACCGGGGGUGGAUUCACACCACCAACAGCAAAAGGGUUGAAUUUUGUGUGUGCAGCAUUUUGUAACGAAGCUCUGCUCCUACAGACUCAAAGCACCAUGACCACUUAAAACCACUGAAGUUAUCAUAGUGCUUGGAGUAACUCUUUAAAUGGGACAUUAGUUUAAUUCCAUACCUUUAGUAAUACUGGUUUUAAAUUAAGAAAACCUAGAUUCUGCUUACCCCGGUGCUCGAACUGUUUGACAAAAAGCCAAGCACGCCCAUCUGGUGAAAAAGGAUGGAUACACUGUAAAGUGCUAGGACUACAAAUAUGUUGGAUGAAUAAUGAUAGGUAUAUGCAUAAAAAAAGUUAAUCAAAGAAAAACGUAAACCAUUUAUUUUGAAGUAAAUAGAAAUUGCUUUCCAUUGAUAGAAUGAGCAGUUGGAUAUCGGUUGGUAAUAUAUCUGAGAAGGGACAUGACAAACUUAUUUAGGUGCAUAUGGUGCUUGGAAAAUGUCUUUAGUUUUAAUUACUUGGCAAACUGACAAAAUAGAAGCGUCAAAGUGGAGCAUGCAGCUCUGGCUGCAAGUCCUGUCCAUCAGAAAGCACUUAGUCUCUCAGCACCCUUAGCGUGUCAAGAUGACAGGGACUCCGUGGGUAGUUGUACAUUUGUUUUUGUGUAUGUGGCCUGUAUAUUCAUACACCUUAUCUUGGUUAUUGCAGCAAAUACUGUGCUUUUAGAUAUAAUUGGCCUUUUAUUGUUCAGUUUUGCACACAUGGAUUUGAAAUGUACUUUAUUCCUCCUGUCCUUUUGAUAGAUAUUUGACAAUGGAUCAAACACGAAAACUCCUCCUCCUCUUAGAAUCUGAUCCCAAAGUGUAUACAUUGCCUCUUGUUGGGAUGUAAGUAUGAACCUUUUUAGAAAAGCUGCCUGUUCCUAGUAUGUGGGUUGUUUUUGUUUUUUGUUUUUAAAUAUGCAAUGGUUGCAAAGAAAAUAGUGUGUGUUAAUUGCACCAUUGGUGAAAUUCAGACAUGAUAAUGACUCUUCAGUCUUUUAUAUUAAAUAUGUGUGCAAUACCAAGUGGGGUAAAUAUGAAUCUGAAUUAUGUUUCUGUUGAUUUGUCCUUACAGUUGGCUGAGUGGAAUAACCCACAUUCACAGUCCACAGGUGUGGUCUAGCUGUCUGCGUUAUAUGUUCAGCUCUUCAAUUAAAGAAAGGUAGCUACUUGUGUUGCAAAUAGCAGUUUUUCGUCUCAUUUUACACAUAAAUUUAAUUUUAAAAAUGCCCCUCUUCAUAUAGUUGGCUAAUUAAAUGCUAAUCUGUGUUUUCAAAUAUGAAUUCAUUUUUAAUCCGCAUCUUAUAAAACGUGAAAUUCAAACCCAGACAAAAGAGAUCAUGAGACAAAGUAGGAAGCACUUUGUCCUAUGUAUUUUUCCUAUGCUUGACAAAUGCAGUACAACCUUUCGUGAUUAUUUACAACUUUAACAUGAAGGCCACCAUAGCCACUAUAUGUCAAUGUAGUGGUUAUGGUGCCAUUCGGCUGCAGGUUUUAUUUAUUUUUAAUUUUUUUUUUGUGUUUUUAAAGCCAUUCUCUGGAUAACCUGCUCAGGAAGGGAAUUGCUUUAAAAUGUGGAUGACAUUGAUAUUGCUAAUAUGAAAGCAGAGGCCAGGCUACCUGAGCCUCGGGAACCCCUGUUAUGGUCAAACCGUUUGAACAGUUUUACGAAGUCCAAUGGCAUCAUAAACAUUGUGUGAGCAGGUAGUGGUUGUGUUGUUUAGACUGACAAUCCAAUCAGGUGGGGAUACUGGAGUUUACUAGCAAUAUGCAACAAGUGUAGCCGAUAUGGACCAAGUAAAUAUAGGUGAUCACUCAAAAAAAAAAAUGUAAUCUCUGGCAUUGUUUCUAUUCACAGAGUUCUGUCCGAGUCGGGGAGUUUUCUAAUCGUCCUUUAUUCACGUACACAUAAAGAACCUGAGUUUUAUGAGUGUGUUUCUUGUGCAGGACAUGAUCAUCUUGCCUUCCAGCUGCUAACUAAUGAGGAUGUUUUGCAUCUAUUCAAAGUAAGAUUCGAUUUGCUCACAGUAAUAUCCUAGUUUGUGGACCGUUAAUCUAUUGUAUGUGUUUUUCAGAUAGAAGAAAAAAAUAACGUUAUAACUGAUGCAGAAGUUUUCAUUGUUUUGUUUCAGAACGUUGAGGUUGGAAGAAAAACACAUCAUCAGUUUGAGUUUUCCACGGAAAGCCACAAUCCUGAUUCGUUUCUAUUUAAGGAAGCCGCCAAGAGCAUUUCGGAUACAGUGUAAGGUUCCCUAAAAAGCACACCAGUCCUGUAAAGGGUUACUCCAACCACCACGACAAAUUCUGCUUUGAGUAUAAGUGGUCAUGUUGGUAGGAGUUGUUUGUGUAGCGUUUCUGCUUGAAAAGCUGCACAUACAGAAAGCUUUGUGCCGAGGGCUACGUGCACUCCUGUACAUUUCACUUAGACAGUCUGUGUUCCAGGCUGCCUCAUGUCAGUUCUGUGCAAAAAAAUAAAUCUGCCGCUGGUUAGUACUGCACACUGGCGAAAGAGGUUCACAUCUCAUCUAUGUCCCAUCCCUUCCCUGUUUAAGCCUUUAUGUGAUCUUAAGAUGCUGGUUGUGUCUAUUCUGUUUUUGUUUUUGUUUUUCUCCCAUCACUUUGUGUCCGGCCCCAUUCACUCUUUCGUGUGCACUAAGAGCAGGUAAGAUAGUCCAAUCAAAUGCUUCUUUCUGAGAAGUUUGAUUGGAGCACGAUCGGGCAGCAGUGAUGUCAAUUGAGACAUGGAAACCAGUGCGGGGAACUUUGUCGAGCAUUGGUUUCCAGGUAAGUAAUUUCUUUAUUUUCAGCAUUAUAAAGGGAGGGAAAAAAACUGAUUAAUAUUGUCCAUUAUGGCUUUUUACACACCAUGCAAGAAUGUUAUGCAAAGAGUAACCCUUUAACAGAUAUCGUAAUAUGAAAUAAUGACGCUGAACUCCUAUGCCAUUCUCCACCCCAUUUAUUAUUGUUUACAGCAUUACUUUAUGAACAUAUAUGAAUGUCCAUGAUAUUUAAUCUGUUGUGCUCAGCAAAUGUGUAUAUCAAAUAUUUCUCUUGCCUGAAUCCGUCAUUUUGGUGUGUGGAAUGUGUACUAAUAUUUCACCUUCCCACAAUGCUAAGUGUGUAAUCCUGCAUUGUUUAUUGCAUAUCUACAUGUUUGACUUUAGUGUUUAGUGGACUUGUCAUGUCCAUGCAUUUUAUACUGAAGUAUGCAGCAAUGGCAUUAGAAAAUAUUUUAAAAAGUGUGGGGGUAUUUGAAUUCACUUUUAUUGCUGCUCGAAAGGGAGUGGUGAAAGCACUGUUCAUAGGUUCUCUAUUUCCACCUUACAACUCCUGGCAGAACUGCUGUUUUGUGUGUGUGUGUGUGUACACAUGCACGCAGACACACAGAACUGGCUUUUGGUGAACAUCCCAUGCUACAGUUGAUUUUACUAGAAAAUAUCUACAUGGGGGUUCUCUUGGUGUGUCGCCAAGACAUGCUAGAAUUAAAAUAUGGGUGUCUAAAUUCUUUUCAUGCAAGUGGCUACAUUGAUUACCCUUUCUACAUCUAUAACAAAUGCCCAUUCUCUCCCUCCCAAUGACAAAAUAAUUUUGUUAGGUGAAGGCCUAACCUUCACAUUAGGCGCAACUGGUAAAACAUGGUGAUGUUCAGAAAGUUGAAACCUGCUGAAGUGAUGCCCGAUUAAGUUUGAUUCUCAGCCUUGUGAUAGAAUAGUCUAAGAGAUAAGGGGUAGAUUAGCAAAGGAUUCUGGUUGUAGCAGGUAGACUGGGCUUGCUUUUUUUCAGAACAUGCUGAGAUCAGAUCAUUAAAUAUAUGUAUAAUCAUAUAUUCUCUCCCUGCAGCGCAUCUCCAAACAAAUUGUCAACAAGCGACCAUGACUCGGGAGUGGAAGAUGAAGAUUUUUCUCCCAGACCAUCCCCUCGUCCUCAUCCUUCAGUACCGCAGGUAAAACAUUUCUUAAAUGUUUUAUUUACUUUGUGGGCUUGUGUUCAAAAUUACUGAUCUUCUACUCAAAGGCAGUUCUUAAUUGUGGCAUAAAUGUAAACGUGUAGUUUUUUUGUUUGUUUUGCAAAGCAGAAAACAAACACAGUCUUCACGUUGAAUUAAGAUGAAAGUUUUGUUGCCUCAAAAAUGUACUAUACUAUUAAAUGUGAGAUGUGCUAGAGAUCUAUAUCUGUCUCUCGAUAUAAAUCCGACCUGUGCAUCGUAUGCUGCGUAGUCACUUUGAUAGGGAAAGUGGAUGCUGUAAUGUGACAAUGUGACAUUGAAUUCUGGCACACGUAGCCUGUACUUUGUAUUUCUAACAUUUAGCAGUAUGGUUAUAAAUUGGUAAGGAGACCAAUCUGGCUGGAAAUUUAUGACCAAAUGAACCAAGUAAUGUGUGGCACUAUUCUGAAUAAUUUUCAGAUGUUCAUUCCUUUAUUUUUCUCAUGAUAUAAGUAUUCCUGUAUUGACAUUAAUAGGGCUUCUGAGUUGGGAGCUUGUUUACUGUAACCACUAUUGCCUUUUAUCAUAGGAUGUGCAUUAUCCCGGUCUUCCUUUUUUUUCCAUUUCAUUGACGUAAAAUCUACUUCAUCCCCAACUCUUUAACAAUAGAUGGGGAAACUUUGGGUUUGUUUUUUUUUUCCCGGAUUUCACAAGGCUUUGCUUGGUGUUCACAUGCUCUACAAAUACUAUAUAACUUGUAUCGUUUUUUUCAGCCAGUAGUGCACCUCUAAUAGUGUCUGAUUGCUGGAGUCCAGACAGAUCUUGAGAUGAAAAGGGGAGUGUGGAAAUGUGUGCAUGGUUACUCUGCCUUUUCAAAAGGAAAUUGUAAUGUCAGAGUGAAAUGGAUCAGACAUUCGUAAUAGCUGCCUUUUGUUGUACAUUAAAAAAAUGUUCUAAACUCCAAGCACAUAUAAAUAUAUUAAACUGCCAGUAGAUGGCACUGUUUGUUUUGAAUUUAAAUUCUGUGUAAUUCUUGUGCAAUGUGUACUUGAUUUGGAAAAUCUUAUAACAUUGGUUAACACUUAUUUUUAUUUUUCCACACCUCAAAUACAUACUUAUUAAAUAUAACAUAUCGAAAAUCCUGGGAAACGACUGUUCUCUAUAAUACACCACAGUGACAUUAAGUGAUGUGCUGUGAAAAUUGUACAACUAAUUACUGUGCUAUCCUGACUUCAGCGGCUGCUAGAACCAAUUAACUUUUUUCUUCCAUAUGAAGAAAUGGACAUUAUAGGCACAUAGACCACUUCAUCUCAUUGAUCCCUGUUCCCUUAACCCUGCAAUGUAAAACACUGCCGUUUUAGAGAAACUGCAAUGUUUACAAUAUUUAUUAUUAAAGCUCGAACAAAUUCCGUAACUCUUUACACUGCAGGGUUAAGACUGCCUCUUGCGGAUGUCGACCAGACAGCCACUACCGGUGCUUCCUGCAAUUUCAUGGAGUUUGACACCAUGAAACGUCGCUGUACAUCCUCACACUUUGCAUCAGGACGCCCAGCAUGUUGAAAAACCUCAUUGGAAAGCAUUGAGUAAAUGCUUUCCUAUGGGGAAGGCAUAAUAUGCUUGUCGCACUUGCCGUGCAUGCGUAUUGGCUUCCCCACCAUAGGAUGACCUCUGAGGAGGCGUAAUCCGAUCCAGUGCCGAGGGACAUAAGCGCUGGAGUCUUAUUAUUUUUUUGUUAAUCCCUUUACAUGGAGGGGGUGGGUCAGAUAGACAUUAUAGUGUUAGGAAUACAGUUUUGUAUUUUGUAUUGCUAACUUAAAGCGGCUCAGUCACUCCCACUACUACCACCCAAAAAAAUAAAUUUGAGCAUUUCGUAAAGAUAAAAUCUUUAAGAAAUGCUCAUAAAGAUUGUUGGAAUUUAAUUCAAAUGCCAAUGCAGUCAAAAUUUAUCACAAGUCGGAGUAGGGACUGCUUGUCUGUCUUCAUCAUUUGUUAGGUGGUGAUGCAAGACAACAGAAGCUGACAGACCUGCUUUAAAGAACACUCCAGUGCCAGGAAAACAAUCUGUUUUCCUGGAACUGCAGGUCCCCUCUCCCUCCUGCCCCCCAUCCCAAGUUGCUGAAGGGGUUUACCUAAUGGGCAGAAGUGGAUUUUCUUAUAGAAAUUAACACAUACAAAAUUACUGAUCUUCUACUCAAAGGCAGUUCUUAAUUCUUAAUGCACAACAGAGCCCUGUUCAGCUUGCAUUAAAAAAAAUUGGGCAGCUGUUUUUGUGUCUGGGUCAGUGAUGCCAACCGUGACAUUGUUAAAGGGACACUCCAAGCACCAUAACUCAUUGUAUGGUUCAUGGCUUGGCGGCUUCCAUUCGCUUUCCUGAGCUAAAUUCUACUGUUUAUUGGCUGAUAGCUUUACCGAAUUACUCUCAGCCAAUGAGCUACUUUCUGCACUGUGGAUGUACACCGUGGACCCCAGGUAAGCUGUCAAACUGUUGGGAAAUCGGUUGACUACUUACACUAGGGGGCACCAAAGGACUUCAGACACCAUGUCCACUACAGUGCACUCACUUGGUUAGAGUGCUUGGAGUGUUCCUUUUUAACAUGAGAAACACUGUUUCACUAUACAGUUGUUUGACUGCUGUAGUUUUUUUAGUACUAUGCGGUUUCCAUAGCUAUACAAACUUUAAAUAUGGAUGUGGUGGCUGCAUGCACUAGCCAUCUUAAUGUGUAUCUGAGAUGGCUGCAUGAUAUAACCAGGCAACUAUUGCACAAUCAUCAAAACUCACCCGAUCUCCAUGCAUAAACUGUCAAUAUUCUGAUUUGAAGGUGUCAAGAUGACUGCCCCUAUUGGUAUACUUUUAAGUUGAAUUUAGAUAUUAUUUAUUUUGAUCACAAAAUACCUUAAUCAUAGAAUUCAGGACAUUUGUGUGUGUGUGUGUGUGUGUAAACAAACAAAAAACCCUCAAACACUUGUCCACAUGUGCUUAUUUCACACAGGUAACAAGAAUUCAUCCAUCGGUUCCUGAACUUUCUCUCGUCUUUGGCAGCAUCAUAGAACCAAAUUCUCCAUCACAGAAUCCAGAAACUAUCCAGAAUAAGCUAAUUUUGGCUUCACCCUCUACUCCAGACAGUGAUAAACCUAAUUUUGGUGAAUCCGUUAUAAAAUCAACCCCAGCAACUGUGAGCUCAAAAGUAUCAACAAGAAAAAUGUCCAAAGGGAAAAACUCUCUGGCCGAUUCCCAGCCAGCUCGACCGAAAUCAAGCAACGAAUCCAGAAGAAAUUCCACAUCUUCUUCUUCUCUUUCUACGCCUCGAAGUGGAUCCUCGCCAGAUUCCUCACUCCACCUGAACAAACCUGAGCUAAACUGUCAAAUGAAGGGGCCACAACACUGUCAGCUUCCCAUGAGAGCUACAUCUCGCUGCCGACACACAGCUGGACCACAGUCUCCUGACUACAAUGUGACCUUUCCACUUCCUUCAAGGAAAUCUGUGGAAAUGCCAAAACAAAUGCUAAAUUUGCAUCCUUCAUACCUAAAUAGUGGUUGCAACUGCUGUCACAAUCCUAGCCCAGUCCAAUGCCAUUCAGCCAGUUCAUGGGCAGGCAUGGGUCAUCAUGUUAUGGAGAAUAAGUCUGAACAGCAUGGAAAUGUCACCCCUACAUAUACUAACAUGGCUUGCCAAAAUAUGUGCUGCAGCCCAAUCUGUGUAAAUAGCUGCCAGAAAAGUGCAGGACGUGCUCCAUUGGAUAACGUAAUGUCCCCUGGGAGAAGAGAGUCAUUGCCCAUGAGUCCUUGCAGCCCUCACUCGUGCCAUUACAGCCCACCACCGAUGUUACCCACAGCUAAUGGAAUGUUGGGGCUUUCUGCCGAAGCAUAUCAGCUGUUAGCAGAGCAGGAUAAACAGCUCAAAUUGCUCCAAUCACAGGUUAGAUUUUCAUUCUAAAUCCCUCUUCUUUCCAUGUAUGUGUAUUGUUCUGCUGCUGUUAGUGUUUUCUUAAAUAAUUGGCAAAAGGGCAGAUUUAAGAAAUCCCCAAAUAUUUAACUUUAUGGGGUACACUAUGCUAGUAGUAAAAAAACACCACUCUUUGGGUUCUAUUCCCCACGAUGCUCCACCAGAUUAUCAUCAUGACAGUUUGUUUUUUAUCUAUAUUAAUAUAUAGAUAGUGUGUGUAAUGUAUGUACCACAUCUUCUUUAUAGAUUCAGCGCUUACUUGAAGCCCAGACUGUAGCCUUUGAAUCGUGUAAGCCUCCAUUAACCAAGAAACAAACGGAGUCCGUUACCAUGGAAACAUCAGAAAGUGAGAAGAAAACAUGUGUGAGCAUUGCCGUUAGUACAGGUAAUUUUGUUUCCCUUGUCUUUGCAAUUUUCUUUAAAGGGAAGCAGAUUUGAGCAGGUAUAGAUCUAAUCUGUGCAGUUUGCUGGUGGGGUUAUCUCACAAUUUGUAGGAGUUGUUGUAUGCAACAGUAAUUUAAUAGUUUGCAGCCUGCUUUACUGUUAUGAAGAUGGUAUGCCAAUGGCACGGCUCCUACCUAGAACAGUGCCUUACUGCAGGCUCAGUCCCCAUCCAUUGGGAAAAAAAAUAACAAUAAACAUCUUAGAUCCCAUGCUGAGGCCAAGUUAUCCCUGCAACCUGAUCUUUCCUCAGUGACAUCACUCGUCCUUCUCGGCAGGCUGAGAGAGGACUUGGGGUAUCACGGUGGUAAACAUACAAACUCCAGGCACCAUGACCAAUUCAAACCACUGAAGUUGCUAUGGUUAUUUUGCUUGUGUGUAUUUACCCCUUGCUCAUUUAAACAAAGCUUUCUUCAACUUUUGCCUCUCAAUAUUUUGUAUGUCAAUUACUUGAUGUAAAUGUCCCCAUUUUAAAAUUGUAUAGGGCUGCUGAAUAUGUUGGCUAUAGAAAUUGUGAUAAUAAUGGUGCUUGGAGUGACCCUUUAAUCUUUGCAAUAUAUAUUGCUUUUUAAAAUAUCACCAGCAGAUGGCAAUGUUGAGCAAACUUUAUUAAAUUGGGAGUCCCUGCAACUGCUGACGCUAGUUUUGGUGUGUCUAUUUACAAUAAGCCAAAUACACAUGCAUUUUGUACUUAUGAAGUCUAACUUUUCUGUUAAGGAAAUAGACAUUCUGGACUGCAUAUCUGCCAUUAGUUUGUGGUUUGCUUUUGUACACAAUAUUAAGUGUUUAGAGUUAGUUCUGUCAAAAAGGAAGCCGUCCUAGAGGCUUUUUGUAUAGAACAUGGUAUUUUGACUCCAUUAUGUUUACUGCAACUCGCAGUGAAUUCGAGCCUAGUACUGUGAUAGGAUGCAACCUUUGUCAUAAGUCAGUUUGUAAAAUUUCAUCCAUGCCAGAUAUUCCACGCACAACUGUAUGUGGUUUUAUUGUAAAAUAGAAAAUAUAGAAACCGUUUGGGGAAGGCCCCUUUCUAUUCCAUGACUGUGCCCCAGUGCACAAAGCACGGUCCAUAAAGACAUGGUUGGCUGAUUGUGGAAGAGCAUGACUUGCCCACAUAGAACCCUGACCUCCACACCAUCAACACCCUUUGGAUGAACUAGAAUGGAGAUUGUGAGCCUGGCCUCGUUCAACAUCAGCGUCUGACCUCACAAAUCCUCUACUGGAUGAGUGGGCAAAAGUUCCCACGGAAGCACUCCAACGUCUUUUUUAGAAAGCUUUCCCAGAAGAGUGGAAGCUGUUAUAGCUGGAAAGGGGGGACCAACUGCAUAUUAUAGUCUGUCUUUUUAGAAUGCAAUGCUAUAAAAGCCCCAUGGUGGUGAAAUGGUCUGGUGUCCCAAUGCCUUUGUUUAUAUUGUGUAUUUCUUAAUCUAACAUGAACUAGUUUCACAGUGCUUACACAUAGAAAAGUAUCCUUCUAGUGCCUUUCAGAUUUAUUUAAAACAUUGAAAUUCUGGAAACAAAAGUGACAGAAUUCACUUUUUUUUUUUUUUUUUCUCCAUUCUUUAAGGUGCUAGUUUGUUUUGGAACUCCCCAUAUCCUGAGGAAGAAGAGUCUGUGGACCAACAGGAUGAUUCUGUCCUGUGUAAUGAGUUACGUGCUGCUGUGAACAAUGAACAAGAUGCAAGCCGUACCAGCAUUGCUUCCUCUUUAAAAGCCGUGGACAUCUGCAGUUUUGCAGAAAGCAGUCAGCUGACAGAGAGAGGCAACAUCUCCUCUGCUCCAUUCCAGUAAGUACCCUUUGUACACUCGCUGUCCUGUUAUAAUUAUAUAUCGCGUAUUUACACUCAAACGUUUCAGCAGCUGUUAGAAUUCUAGCUGUUAUUUCUGUUCCUUAAUGUAUGUUCAGUUGGCAAUAUUAUCUACCACAAACCAUGGUGCAGGGUGGUUAUCCCCACACGCUUAGACCCCUAUCUUUAUAAAGUUAUCUUCCUUUUCUUUUUUUUUUUUUAUUUCUUUUUUGUGAUUGCUUCAGAAAUGUCACCAUUUUAUCGAUGACCAUAUUAAUUAGUAACACUUUUUUUUUUCUCUCUCUCUCUUAACUGUUCGCUCAACUACUUUGCUUGCCCCACACAAUUGCAGUACGGCAGGGAAAUUCAAGAAAUUACCGUAUAUAUUUUGCUACUCCAAAACUUUAUUAGGUGUUGUUUUUUGACAUUAAUUAUAUGAGCAUUUUUCCCCUCCAUCGACACUUUUUAAAACAAUUCAACAAUUCCUGUUCUGUCCUCUGUAGAUGGUGUGAAGAACAAUUUGGGAUUGAGGUUGUGAAAAAUUAUUUGAUAUUGUGGUGUGUUUUUUUUUUUUUGUUUUUUUUUUUAAUUCAUGCUGGCAUCAAUAUUAACUGUACAAAUAUAUAUUUUUUUUUUCUAGUUCUUUAAAGAACAAGCCCUACUUUCCCGUGUUGCAACGGGAUGGUGUCCGUGAUCAGGCAGCUCGACCAGAGGACUCAGGGAGCCCAACAGAAGCUGAGCUGGAUCAAUAUAUCCCCUCUGAUCCUCCGGAGAAGUUUUACCAAGACUUAAUGGUGAGCUUUACUUUAUAAGAUUAGUGUCAUUGCUGCACUUGUGCUUCCUAUGCUCUAUACAAAUACAAAUCUCUAAUGGGUGAUUAAAUGAUGUGUAGAUGUUAAUCCAAUUUUUGUUUAUUUGUUUUGCCUUCCCAGUGUCAAGUAAACAAUUUGUUAAAGACCUCAACUACUAUAGAUGAGGAAUCUUGUGUCAGUGUCUCAAAUACCCCAUCCAGAGCAUGUCCUCCUAGAAAGGAGAAGAAAAAGUCUAAUUCAAAGAAGGAUGACAACAGUGUGUUGACAGCAACCCUUAAGCAACUGAAGAGUCUGGGAGUAAAUGUCAAUGCGGAUGCAUCUGACGUAAAGACCAGACAUUAUGAUACUGCAGACAAUGCAUGGUAAUUUUAACUUGAUUAUUGUUGUGUUUGAGAUGUCCUAUUCUAAAGUUUGAGGUGCCAGUUUGCAAAAUGUUCUUAUUACACCUUCAUAGUGGUGGAAAAUAUUCUGCAAUAUUGAACGUUCCUGGGUAAACCGGUUCUGACUUUUUGACUGCUGUAAAUUUAUUUAAUUCAUGGCAGAUCAAUACAUUGGGUAUACUGCACCUUGUUAAAAGCCUCAUCUGAUUUCCAAAGAUGAUGGACUGAGAGCCUGAGCAUAAUGAUUUGUUUAAAUAAUUCUUAGCAUUUCAUAGUAUGUUUAUUUUUUCUCAUUAUUUUUAAACCUUAAUGAUGUACAGUAUUAAAACAUUUCUCUCUCAUCUUUCAGUGUACUCGCCUGCAUUAACCCAGAGGCAGUCAUUCCAAGGUUAAACUAUGUCUCGUUUACAAAUAUUGGCUUGAGUGGGUUUGCCCCAAAUGGAGUUGAUUUGAGCAUGGAGGCCAACGCCAUUGCCUUAAAAUACCUAAGUGAGUCCCAACUGAUACAGCUCUCUGCAAGCAACUCACACAAGGGCAAACUGGUGGAUGCUUCAACAAUCGCCAGUCUCUUUCCUGGGAAUACAGAUAAAAGCAUGGUUGGCCUCAGUUUAAUUUCCCCAAACAAUAUGUCCUUUGCCACAAGGAAGUAUAUGAAACGGUAUGCCCUGAUAGAUAGCAGCGACAGAAGUGAUGACGAAGAUGAUCUAACAGCUGACGAAAGCUUGUCUGAGAGUACUGGGGAUGGGAAAUAUGUGGAUGAUAAACGGGUGAUUUCUAGUUUUUCUGUCACUGAAAGCUUUGAAAGGAUUAGUGACAGAUCUAACCGUGAUAGAAAGAACUCAAACCGAGAUGGUGACGUUGGAUGUGUUAAUCACCAAGAGACAAAUAAACUGAGAAACAUUACAAACGAGAUCCCACCAAAGAGUGGAAUUGUGCCGCAGCACUCAGAGGAGAUAGAUUUGCCAUUUUUUAAGAACUUUAACACCAAACCAAAAGCACUUGGAAAUGCUCAAUUCACCAAGCACUCAGAGAAGGAAAACUCUGGCACCCCAUUAGUCUUAACUAAAAAAGACUCCUCGCUAAAGCAAAUACCAGAUUCCACAGGUUCUGUUGGGGACAUUUUAGAUGUCAACCGACUUAGACAACUUCCAAAACUGUUCUGAGUGUUUGUUAUAAGCAGGUCAUUGUAAUGCCAAACUGCUCCUGUUCAGUAUUCCUUCCUAUGGAAGUACUGGCAACAGCUAUUCAGGUCUUUGUCAAACCAACACCCUUAUAGUCUUGUUUCUAUUGCACUGCGAAUACUGUGAAAGUAACUUUCUGAUUACUGUACUAGGUCAAUCUGUCAGACCUUGUGUGGCGGCACAUGUAUUGAUAUCACAAUGUGUGUAAUUGGAUUAGCAACACAUUAGUGCCUUUUCUGUGAGGGAAUUUUGUACUUUCUGUUUUGAAACCUUACAGCUUUGUCAUUGUCAAACUCGUGAAUCAGUUGUCACUCAUAUUUGUCUUCAACAAAUUUUAAUUGAGCCCAAAAGAGCGUCUUCUGCAGGGAUAUUUGUAUUAUAUUAUGUUUUUUUUAAUAAUGGCAUGUUAGAUUAUUUAAUGGUGCCAGGUUUUAUUCCUGAUCAUGUCUGUUGACAAUGGGGUAACUAAUAUACCCGCUGCGUGUUUUGUGUGUGUGUGUGUGUAAUCAAGGUUUACACUUUACAGAAUCCAAAAAUGGUUGAAACUGUUACUCUAGAUAACUUUCUGUAUUUUUGUGCACAUUUUAUGAUCUAAUGUGGUCUUAAUUGUUUCCUCACUUUUUUAUUUGUAUUUGAAUGUGACUAUAUUAAAUAUUUUAUAUUUUUUAAUAAAGAAAACUUUAACUUUUUUUUCAGGUUGUCAAGCAAAUGCAAAGUAGCUCAGUAGAAUAAUUCAGACUGUGGAUCUUAUUCAAACAUCAGUGUCAUUGGUGCUGUUCCCAACAGGGAAAACAAAGUAUUUC